AUGGCUGAAUUCCAAGAAUGCCUUGACACCUGUGAACUUCUGGAAAUGACUAGCAGAGGAGCAGCUCACACCUGGUAUAACGGCCAACCUCUGAAUCCAAUUACUAGGAAGCUUGACAGAACUCUUAUAAAUGAAGCAUGGUUAUCAGCUUUUCCUCAGUCUACAGCACUGUAUGAUGCUCCAGGAGGAUCAGAUCACUCUCCCAUCUUGGUUUCAAUGUCAGAUGAGACUCCAAGGCGGAAAGUGCCUUUCAAAUUCUACUCUUUUUUCACAUCUCACCCCGAAUACGAAAGCCUGGUUACCUCAGCGUGGACCUCACAGGACACAAGAGUUUCUGCAAUGUUUUCUCUUUGUCAAAGGAUGAAAGCUGUGAAGGUAGCUUGCAAAGCACUAAAUAGGAGGAGCUUCAGCAAUAUUCAAGCCAGGACGGCUGAGGCUCAAGAAGCUCUCACCAAUGUUCAGUCGUCUAUACUUACAGCUCCAACACCAUCGUUGUUUGAAGAGGAAAGAGUGUGCAGAGGUAGAUGGCUCACUUUAGCAGCUGCAGAGGAAACCUUCCUAAGGGAAAAGUCAAGGGUCAGGUGGUGCUUAGAAGGAGAUUCCAAUACUCGUUUUUUCCACAACUCAGUCAAGGCACACCAAUUGCGUAACCAAAUUCGCUCACUUAUAUCUGAGACUGAUGAGAGAGUCACAGAUAAGGGUCUUCUCUGGUAUAUGAUAGUCGACUGUUAUCAACAGCUUCACGAGGAACACUCAAUUGGACCAACAGUCAUUGAGGCGGUUCGAGAGUUCUUCAUUACUGGAAAGCUCCUAAAGCAGAUCAACACGACUAUACUAGCUUUGCUUCCCAAAACAGUGGCGGCAAAGAGACUAACUGAAUUUAGGCUGAUCUCUUGCUGCAACACAAUAUACAAGGUCAUAUCCAGACUCCUGGCAAAACAUCUCAAGAUCAUUACUUCUCAGGCGGUUCAGAGAAAUCAAGUUGCUUUCAUUCCAGGUCGAUUACUCAGUGAAAAUGUGCUACUUGCCUCAGAGCUCAUAGCUGAUUUCAACAAGGAUGGUCCAACAACAAGAGGAUGUCUUCAAAUUGAUCUAUCUAAAGCUUUUGACAACGUUGACUGGGAUUUUCUAACCAACAUUCUCACUGCUCUUGAACUCCUUACCAUGAAGGGUCUAAGGCAAGGUGACUCUAUCUCCGCUCCCUUAUUCACCCUUGUCAUGGAUAUAUUAUCAAAGCAGCUAGAUGAAUCAGUUACAAGGGGCACUUUUCAACCUCAUCCCAAAUGUCAACAACCGCUGAUCACCCACCUGAGUUUCGCUGAUGAUAUCCUGGUCUUUUUCGAUGGAGGAGAGAACUCUCUGGUUGAAAUUCUUCGAAUCCUUACCCAAUUCAAAGCUUCCUCAGGUCUUGGAGUAAACCUUACCAAAUCAUGUCUUUACCUAGACGGCAACAAUCGAGGCUCCAUAAGUCAGAUGGCAGCAAGGCAUAAUCUCACUUACGGCUCACUUCCCAUGCGAUACCUAGGUGUUCCCCUCACUCCACACAAGCUCAAACCAACGGACUAUCAACCUCUGAUAGACAAGGUCCAAAGUCGCAUUUCAAGUUGGACAAGUAGGCACCUCUCUUUUGCUGGUCGACUGCAACUACUCCACUCUGUCAUCAACAGCACCAUCAACUUCUGGGCUUCAGUUUUUCUCCUACCAAACAAAUGUUUGGAAAAGCUGGAACGCAUUUGUAACGCUUUCCUGUGGAAUGGCGUCUCAUCCUCUGCUCGCGGAGCAAAGGUCUCUUGGGAAGUAGUGUGCUCACCAAAAGCAUCUGUAGGAUUGGGUCUAAAGAGAUUGGUUAACUGGAACCAGGCUUUUGCACUAAAAAUGAUUUGGCACCUCUUCUCUCAAGCAGGUUCAUUAUGGGUCUCCUGGGUGAAGCAUCAUUUAAUCCGCGGUAGAAGCUUCUGGGAAGCAGACUUUCGCACUACAGGGAGCUGGAUAUGGAAGAGAAUAUCAAAGCUAAGAGCUCGUGCACGGCUCUUUGUGCACUGCAGUGUAAUAUCCGGUUCCCAAGCUUUAUUUUGGCAUGACAACUGGAUAGGACUAGGUCCUUUACCGGAAAUUCUUGGAGAAUCUGGUCCUAGAGUUACAGGAAUUGGCUUACUCGAUACAGUCAAUGAUGCCUCUAACAACAACUCUUGGCUUAUCCCUCGAGGACGCCAUCCACUCGUGCAACUACUUAAAACCUGCCUACAUAACCAGACGCCUCCUCAGACAAACUUAGGUCAAGAUCAAUUUCAUUGGAAGCUAACUCCGAAUGAAUCUCACAGCACCUUCUCCACGAGCAGAACAUGGCAACAACUGCACCCCCCGGGUCCAACAGUUCCAUGGUUUUCUCAGGUCUGGUUUAAGAAUCAUAUCCCAAAGAUGGCCUUUAUUGCUUGGUUGACAGUGCAUGAUAGACUGACUACUAGGGAUCGAUUGAGGAGGUGA